GGGCUGUGGGGCCGGGGCUGUGGGACCGGGGCUGUGCAGGCGCUGCCCCUCCCGAGCCAGGCGAGGACAGAGGGAGCGGCCGUGCAGCGGCAGCGGGACUGAGCUCUCCCGGGGAGCGGGCACAGCCCCGAGGCUGCCAGAGCCCAGGAGCGUUUGGGCUCCGCUCUCAGGCACUGGGUGGGAGCGCUGGGUGUCUGUGCAGGGCCAGGGACUGGAUUGGGUGGUCCCUGUGGGUCCCUCCCGCUCAGGUUCCUUGUUUCCCCCUUCAGCUGCUCUCAGCAUCCUCAGCAGGAGCCGUAAACAUGGGGAACACGAGCAGCGAGCGAGCGGGGCUGGAGCGCCACGGGCACAAAACCUCCCGAGGGGACAGCUCAGGAGGAGCCAUCAGCACCAAGGAGGGGGACAGGCCAAAGAUCCUCAUGGACAGUCCUGAAGAUGCAGACCUGUUCCAUCCAGAGGAGAUGAAGGCUCCACUGGAGAAAGAAGAGUUUCUAGCUUGGCAGCAAGAUCUGGAAGUGAAUGACAAGACCCCCACUCAAGCUCGGCCAACAGUCUUCCGCUGGACUGGAGGAGGGAAGGAGGUUUAUUUGUCAGGGUCCUUCAACAACUGGAGUAAAAUUCCUCUGACAAGGAGUCACAAUAACUUUGUGGCAAUCCUGGACCUGCCAGAAGGGGAGCACCAGUACAAGUUCCUCGUGGAUGGGCAGUGGACACACGAUCCUGCAGAGCCAGUAGUAACCAGCCAGCUGGGAACUGUCAACAACAUCAUCCAGGUGAAGAAAACUGACUUUGAAGUGUUCGAUGCUCUGAUGGUGGACUCCCAAAAAUGCUCAGACAUGUCUGAGCUGUCCAGCUCACCCCCAGGACCCUACCACCAGGAGCCCUAUGUCUGCAAGGCAGAGGAGCGCUUCAAAUCUCCCCCCAUUCUGCCCCCACACCUGCUGCAGGUCAUCCUGAACAAGGACACAGGCAUUUCUUGCGACCCCGCCCUGCUCCCCGAGCCCAACCACGUCAUGCUGAACCACCUGUAUGCACUUUCCAUCAAGGAUGGAGUGAUGGUGCUCAGUGCCACACACCGCUACAAGAAGAAAUACGUCACCACUUUGCUCUACAAGCCAAUAUGAGCAUCAGCCAUUUGUGACCAAUUGUUCUGGGCCAGUGCAGUCUCAGAAAGAAAAUGCUUCACUUAACCAAAUGUACUUCUGCUCUGUGCUGUAGCAAACGAACUCUGAUUUCAUAUUUUUCCUGAGACUUCCAGGGUCUCCUGUAUUUGCCUUAUUUUGUUAGCCCCACCUUGGAAGUUCUUGGAAAUGGCAGCUUCACAGCAACUAGACAAAAAGGUGGCAAAGGUGUCAGUGCCCCUCGUCAGCUCAGUUAGAAAACCACCAAUUUAAUUAGGCUGAAUACUGUGAGGGCAGCAACAGAUCAAAGAGCUUCUGCAGCCAGGCAGACUGGGAGUCUGCCAGCCCAAGGCCUAGAAAGUUCAGGAUUCUUGGGGAAUCUGAUUUGAGGAUAACACUCUGCAAAAGCAAGCUCAUCACUCCUUCCAUUGCUCAUCAAACAUUAUUUCAGUAGCGAGUUUCAAACUUGCCUGGCUGAAGUAAGUGUGAUCAUUGAUGAUCAUUUUGUAGCAGCCUUUUCUGGGCAGAAUCAGCAACAUAAUCACUACAAGCUCAUUAUUAUUUUACGGUAGAGUGGGGUGCACUGUUUCUACUGUGAAUAGCUCUGUAGUUUUUUCUCUUCAUGAGAACUGAAAUACAUCUUUUCCCCUGUGGAAUUUCUGGUAAAGACAAUUGUUUUUAACAGCUGGAUUUUUCUGUAAAUCGUAAAUGUGUCUUGCAGUAAACUGGUUUUGGAAAGACCAGUGUCUUUUGGAAACUGGUUUCUCCUGCUGUCACUGAUGAGGGCUUCCUUAAACUGGGAGAGGUGGCUGGAAGGGAAUGGAUGGAUUCAGUUUAGGGAUGAGUUCCUCAGUAACAGCCUGAAGGUGACUGUGAUUCUCCUGUGUCCAGUGGCCAAACUUCACCCCUCAGUGUCAGCAGUUGCAGAGUGCUGGAUGCAGCAGCACUGCAGCCCUCUGUGCCUGCGGCUGGAGCUGGGCAACUUUUUAUUCUGUUUGUUUUCUAAUUAUAGUAAUGCCAGGCUGCCUGUCCUUGGUGUUGACAGCCUGUUUUAUCCCAAAACAAAGCAACAUUAAUGCAAACCUGCUGCCAGCGUGCCCUGGGAGGAGCCGGCGCAGGAGGGGCCCUCCCCUGGCUUGUUUUGGUGCCUUGGGCACCGUGACCGUGCCAAUGAAGAGCAGCCCCGGCCACUGUGGGGAAAGCACCUUGCAAAGUGUGUGAGGAGUGUGAGAGGGGACAGAGCUGCAGCAGCCAGCCCGGGGUGAGCCACAGUGGGAGGGUGCUUUGCCAUCCUGGGGUCUGUUCACCAGCCUUGUUGCAAUAUCUUCAGUAGCUGAGUAGAUCUGGGUCUAGUGCAAUGGUUUUCUCUGAAAACUCUCUCUUCAUUCUGUGCUAUGGAUAGUAUAUAUCUGAACUACAGAACUGCUUGUUUUCAACCUCUUUAGAAACAAAUAAAACAUUUUCAAGAGAA